AUGGCGUUUCUCCAGCCAGGAUUGAGGGGCGGAAAUACACGAUGGAUACAGGUACCAAAAGAACAAGGUCUGGAAACAGAAGAUUUUCUGGAGGUGUCGCCGCAUGAGAAUCAUGGCCCAGAAGACGAAGCCAUGAAAGCAAGAGCGGUAAUAUGUCGGAUGUCGGAAGCCGUGGAGGCCGACCUAUCCAGACCCGCAAGAAGAGUCUACAACGCAUGCGUGCAGGACGAGCAGCAAUUGGAGGACGUGCCGAACUUCGGGACCGUCCGCACCCAGUUAGAGCGCCGCCGAGCUGCCCAUGUGCCCCCCAUUCCAUGUGACAUAGAAAAUGUGGUAAUCCCAGGCGAGUGGGCAGAGACGUGGGGUCGUGGACGGCAGUUUCUCAGCCACCAAGACAAUGACUGGGGGAUCAUGGUCUUUGCUACUAACAAGAACUACCGAAAACUUCGGGAAUGCAAAGUGAUGUACAUGGAUGGUACAUUUAAAACGUGUCCUCGCCCAUACAGUCAGUUUUUCACCAUCCAUGGACUGUAUCAAGGUAGAGUACUGCCGCUCGUCAUGGUCCUCAUGGCGGACAAACGAAUCGGUGCAUAUCGACAGGUGUUCCAACACGUUAGAGCCAAGGUACAACAACUAACUGGCCAUCGCCUGCAUCUCCAGCGAGUGGUUGCUGACUACGAGAUUUCCUUGAUGACAGUAAUCGACACAGAGUUCCGACGUACCAGAAUCUCCAGCUGUUAUUUUCAUUUUUGCCAAAGCCUGUGGCGUCGCAUCCAACGCCUCGGCAUGGCAAGAAUGUACAGGCAGGACCAACGCCUUAAGAAGUGUAUUCGAAUGUUGAUGGGUAUAGGGUACCUGCCAGUGGCAGUCGUGAGGAUGAACUUCCAAAACUUUGUGCGCCGCCAGUCCACCCAGCGCCUGAUUGUGUUGUACCCAGCCCUGGAGGACUUUAUCCACUACAUGGAAACAAACUACAUCAAUGCAAACGUCACAUUCCCUGUCCACCUGUGGAACGUGUUCAACAGAGACCAGGACACAAGGACCGACAAUCAUGUUGAAGGCUUCCACACAAGAUGGAACAACAAUGUUGGACGCGUCCAUCCGUCCCUAUGGUUCUUCAUAAGAAAGAUGAAAGAUGAGCAACGACUAGUCGAAAUGACACUAGCAGGGAUCGCCAGAUGA